CGCCAUUUUGAAAACGUACUAUUUGCGUUUUUCUUGUUGUUCACGUUGUGUGGACGCUGUACUGGCUUCUGAAGAAUUAUCGUCUUGAUUAUACGGAUACUUAAAGCACGUUAAUGACAACAGCUACCAAAAUAUUAUUUUGUUAAUUAUAUUAUUUGUCUUCAGUAAAACAACGACGAAUUCAACGAUUCAACAUCAGAGACAAUUGUUAAGAGCUGAAAUGAUCACCAGGAGAAGGGGCCGCAAUAACAUGGAUGUGCGUUCUCCACGCUCCUCUCUUGAAGUCGAAGUCCUGAAUGUGAGUGACAUGACUGAAGAUGUGAAGACGAGCCCUCUGGAUGACUUGCCAACAGAUCACGUGGACACUUCAGAAUUGGAGUUGGAUGACCUGUUCGGAAUUGAUGAGUUAAGUUGGACUUUUGAAGGGGAUUCCGUGUCCCCUCUCUUCGACAUUGGCCUGGCCGAACUCGGUGUGGGCGACUCGGUAAACGGAGAUUCUGGGAUCGGAGGAUCGAUGAGCCCUUCGCCGGAGCGAGGACGAGGAUCGCAGAAAAGGAAGCACAGAGAAGAUCCGACGUCCAUGACGAGCAAGAACGCCAUCGCUGCCCGAAUAAAUCGCCUCAAAAAGAAAGAGUACGUCACUGGACUGGAGAAGACCGUCGGCAAUCUGUCGACGGAAAACCGCACGCUCAAACAAGAGAACGGACAGUUGAAUAAGAGGGUGGAAGAAUUGGAGGAUGAGACCAGGUACUUGAGAGCCGUGUUGGCGAAUGAGAGCAUGUUGGCCCAGCUGUUGUCCCGGCUCAGCGGUGUGAAUGGCAUGAAAUUAUCUUCCUCGCUUUUCCAGGGAUCGAAAGACAAUGACCACGACUAUGCGUUGCCCAGGAAACGCGUGAAGGUGGAAGAGAAAGAAACUUCCGGGGGCGUUUGCCUGCACGUGGACAAGGACCAUGUCUCAGUGGAGUUCUGCACUAAGUGUGCAGAGAGUGCAAGUGCAUCACUCAAAAUGUAGGGUCAAGUACUUAAUCGUUUUCAGAUCUUUGAGACUGAACUUGAUAAACUGCAGAGUAAUGAACUUGAAGGGAAAUUGCUGAACACUGCAGCAAUGUAAUUGAGGGUGUUACUUAGGUGUAUGUGUAACCAAAAAAUCUCUUGAAAGCACUGCUUUUAGGACGUGUUACUGCUAAACCCUGUCGCCAGUUUUUUCUAGGUGGUGGUUGCUCUACUAUGCGGGAUGAGAAGGUUCCAGAACACCCAUGUCUGCUUGGCUCCAUGUGGAUUCGGCUGUUGGGGAAGGUGGAAGAGGCCGGACCUGCUGCUGCCAACUUGGCCUGGUAUUUUUUUAAAGCAAGCUUUUUCUGCAGACAUGUCCUUACUUUUCCUCAACAAAAGGGUCAAAUUGGUAGUAUAAAAGGCAAACCCCAACUUCAAUGGAGUGGACAGCUCAACGCAUACCCUAUGUGCAUAAUGACCCAGACCGAUGACAAUGUGAAACUCCAUAUAAGGUCAUGUGGCCAAACAAAACGAACAUUCUUUUUCAAAUGACAUAUUAAAUCGUUAGUGAGAAAGAAAUUAUCUAUUGGUUAAACCUGAACAUACGUGGUUAACCCAGUGUAUAGUUAAGACCUGGGUACACCAGGAAUUGAAUAGUAUUUUAUAUUCUCUUCAUUUCACUUUGAGCUUGAAUGCUAUGUAACAAGGCAUCAUUUGUAUUUAAAUGUGCUGUUCCUGUAAUGCUGAGGAUGGGUAGCCCUCUAAACUCCUGGGUCUUUAGAAGGAGAGGUACAAUCAGGAAUGGUCCUGGUUAAUAAUUUUUACGUGGUUGAACAUGUUUAAUGAGAAAAGAGGCUUACAACCCCAUCUACCGCGAAACAUUGAUGAAGCCAAAUUUUAAGAACAUUCCGAUUGUUUGCACUGUCAGAAGUGUGUGGCUUGCAAUCGAAUGUAAUUUAGUUAUUUAUUGUGUUCUACAAGUAACCAUGACCAAAUACUAAGGCCAUUGGAAUGGGUCUGCAAUUAGAUUCUUAGUCAUCUUUGUGGUGGGUAUUCUUAGUGAACUGUGUAAAACAGUUAAGGAAUAAGGGAUUGAAACUCUUUUGUUCGAGUUGUUUCUGCAGCCUAUUAUGGUGCUUUUAAUGACCUAAUCUAGUUGAUGUAUAGAAUAUAGCAUUGUUAGUCAUUGUGUUCUGGAUGUCAUUAUGCACAAAGGGUCUGUGGAGUUUUGGCAUGCACUCCAAAUGUUCUUCAAGUGGUCAAUAAUUCUUGCUACCACAAAGCAAUGGUAAAUGGUUUAGUCUUCAUCUGGUCAUUAGAACCAGGCCAAAUAAUCAGUUUUCUCAAAGCACACUAAUUUAUUUCACUCUUAGAUAUAAAGUGCAAGAAAUGCAUCCCUUGUCAGUGCAGCAACACCCAUGUCUGUAUACAUAUCUUGGCAAUUAUGAACCACUGUUUCCUGUCUUUAAUCUUCUUGAGUUAACUUUAGAAGGUCAAACGUAGGAAAGUUAAAACAUGGUACACCAAAAACAUGAACUUGCGCAUGUGAUGGAUAGGUCAAAUAGAAGUCUGGUGGUUGAAUAUAAAGCAGAUUUUACUUAAUUUACAUGACUGGUCAUCGCACCAGGAAGACAGCAGGUACUUUGUCACGAGACAGAUUUG